AUGUUUAGAAUCUCGUUCGCCUCAAAUCAGGUUGAACCGGGGGUAUUAUUCAUCGUGUCGGCCAGAUUCGGUGUCUUUUUGUGGUCUGUGGAUUACAGAGGAAGUUGCCCGGACCAGUCGGAUAAUUCUAGCCGCGCUUCCUGGUUACAUGCUUGCGUGGCACUUCAGCUUGUCUUGCCCACGGCAAAGAUCUACACCAGAGUCAAAGACACGAAAAUAUUCUUUGCACUAACCAACCGCUGUGUUUCACAAUUGGUCCCUUAUCGGUUCUUCCACGGGAUCGCCGGUGAUAUCCUGAUAUUGUCUACUGAAAAGACCAAUAGCGCCGGUACUGAGCCGGGUGAUCCUUGGAUGGAUCAGACUUACAGCGGUUUGGCCCGAGUCUUAGUUGGCACCGCGUCAGGCUCGUGCGCCAUUUAG